AUGCAACACAUACCCGCCUCGUCCCUCGAAGACCUCCCCUCUCGCAUCGCAUACCUCUCCUCCUUCCUCUCACUCACAGCCGAAGAUGGAGAGGCGCUGCUAGCUUCCAAACCGCUCGUUGCUCCCCUCGUGCCCGCGAUUUUAGAUGCGGUGUACACGAAGCUAUUGAGUUUCGACAUCACGGCCCAGGCGUUUGUUCCCAGGAAUACUGAAUAUGAGGGCGAGACGGUGAAGAGUGUGCAGGAGCUUACGAUGAGCCAUCCGCAGAUUGCGAUGAGGAAGGACUUCUUGAAGAAUUAUCUUGUGAAAUUGGUAUCGACGAGUGAUCUCUCGCCGCAAAGCCCGUUCUGGGCUUAUCUCAACAAUGUUGGGAUUAUGCACACCGGCAAACCGGGCUUCAAGCAUAGAGAAAAGAGGCCAGACUUGAGAGUCGAGUAUAUUCAUAUGGGUGCUCUGCUUGGAUAUGUUGUUGACAUUGUCGUGGGAGCGGUGAUGGAGAUGGGUGAGAUUGACAAUGUGAUGAAGUCGAGGGUUAUUCGAGCACUGAAUAAGGUGGUUUGGAUCCAGAAUGACUUGUUUGCUAGGCAUUAUAUUGGCAAGGUGGAGGUGGAGACUUUGACGCCACCACCUGAGGAAGUAGCUGAGGGGUUGACUGAGGCGCGGAAAGGGGGAUGUCCAUUUUCUGGGUAA